AUGGGACAAAGAACCUUCACACUCAUCCCGCAAUUCCCGGGUCGCGCAGUGUCUCCCGACAGACCACCCUUGCGGCCCAUGACCUCGAAACAAGUCAGGAAGGAAUACAAGGCAGCCAACAAAGGACCAAAACUCACCCGGGCCGAAGCUUGGAAACAGGAGAAGGUGGAACAGGAGCGAAUCAGAAAGGAAUUUGAGCGGGAGAAAGCGGCGGCGAAAGCCAAGGUAGUGCGGGAUAAGAAGAAAGAGAAGGAGCUGGCAGAAAAAGAAGUGAAACGUAAGAAGAGGCUUCCCCUUGUCAAUGUACGGCCAAGCCAGGAAACGAUUUCGUGGUUUGUGAGGGGCAAUGGAACUACGAAGAAGAGGGAUGCUUGUGGCAAGGAUGUCGAGAAAACGGGUGCGACAACGAAGGACAACGAUGAUACGCCAGAAGAGACGACAAGUGCCAGUGAAGACGAACCAGAACAGCCUGCUACGAAGAUCCAAAAGCUGGAUAACAUACAAGAGGAAGACGAGGAUUCGUUCGAUACUGGAAUGGAUGCCUUAGUUCAGAAUGAACCACUGAGACUUUCGAUGGAAUCACCAAACGACGAGAACCCUCAGGAAGUAGCGAAUGAGAACAUAAUGGAGCACAUUGAACAGUUACCAACCGAGGUUACAUCAGGAUUAUCGCCACCAAAACAGCCAGUACCAGAGAUCGAGUUGGAAGGGAUGGAGGAUGAGUUGGAUGCAGAUUUUGAGGAGGACUUCGCCCUGGGAAUACUUGAGGAUAUUGAAGCGGCCAUGGGCAAAUCCAAACCCAAUGAGAGUCACAAACUCGAGACGGCAUGUGCAGCUUCGCCCAAACCGAACUCACCUAUUCCGGAACCGCUGUUGGAUGAUACUAGAAAGCCUAUACCAAACCGUUAUGCGGAAGAUCUAGGCCUACAUCGUCCUCAACCAGUCCCCUUCGACAAACCACCUCUACUCCAAGAACAGCAACCCAACCUGGAACCACGAUCUCUAUCUCCACCACACCAAGAACCCCCUAUGAGCACACAGGCUAUUCUUUUCAACUUGGACGAUUUCUUCCCUUCUUCCACUCAACAAGCCCGCGAACUUGAAGAAGAUCCUGACGACGACCUCUUGCCAUCUGCACCACUACAUCUUGCGCCCAUCACAGAGGAGGAGGAAUUCUCAGAUGAAGAACCAGAAAAGCCUGUGGAACACAGUACCCUCCCAGUUCUCGAUCCGGUUUUAGACUCACCUCCCCCGCCCCCUAGACGCUUCUUUACCUCGUCUGGCUCACAUGAGCGAAUGUGUCUCGCGGUCCAGCGGAGCCGCCGCACAGCAGCACUUGAAAAGAUACAGCAACGUGAAAGGUCGCGUGUUCAGGCUGGUAUAGUACAGCAAGUCCAGACUUCGAGUCGCAGCGCAGUCACACCGGGCGAACCUGCGAAAAAGCCGCCUACAUUCUCCAAACCACCUGUCUUCUCCAAACCUUCCCCUCAGAUUAACCAACGCAACCAACCUCGACAACCCCCGUUUCAGACAUCACCUGGAAUGCACGAAAAACCUCAUGCCAACACACCUCCAGUGAUGCGGUCAGAAACGCUGAAACAACCUCAACGACCUCCGUUGAAUACAUCACCCACACUACACAAUAGACCCAAUACCAACACACACAUACCUGCGAAGGUUACCGGAACAGCAAAACAACCUUCACCGGCACGGCCGCAAGAAACUAAAGAAAACCAACGACCACCACAAGAGCCUUUUGCGCUUAGUGCUUCGCAAGAAUCAUACGGUGGCGAGUGGGUAGAUGACCUGGCCUACGAACUCACGGUCUAA